CAUACGCAAUCAUCUGUUAGUUGAAAGCCGGCUGUGAAAUUCUGUGUGGAUUAUGAAAUUAAAAUAUCACUUAUAUUAAAUAUCACAGUGAAUUCUAAUAAUAUGAACUUUGCGCGACUUAUAUUUGCCAGAAGUGCUGGUGGCACAUCUUUCACGCAGAAACUGACUGGUGUAUUUUAUCGGCAAAUUACAUGCAGCAAUAUUAAGCAUGCCUCACAAAAGCCUCUGACGCAAUUUGAAUUGAAACUUCCAACACCAUUAACACAUAGUCGAAAGGCGGCACAACAGGCUACUGUUGGUGCUUCACUUGCUCAAGUUUUAAAAAAGCGUACCGUUCGCAAGAAGUGGGAUGGCCAUGGCUUUGAGGACUUGUCCGCUGAGGGAUUUUUCAACGUUACUGCUUUUACUACUGCCGAAGAAUAUGAUUUGGAGGCACUGAUGAAAGGUUUAAACGAACAAAAUUUGUACACUGUUAAGAAAUAUUUCUCUACAGACAAUCUUGGGGCGGAACAGGAUGUGUUAUAUGCGACUGCGAAAUAUCCAGUAGGUGAGGAAGCUCGCGAUAUAAUUUUCUUCCGCGAAGGAUCAGUAGUAUUGUGGAACUUCAAUGAAAUUGAAACAAAUAAUUUACUAUCGUUUUUGCGACCGUACGAGAAGGACCAAUAUUUAAGUCCACUAGUCCGUGGCGAAAGCGAGGUAAUGCCGUAUAUGUACAUACCUUCCACCGCAGUUGAUGUUGAAGGUGAUAUCGUGUCUGCAUCAGAUACGGAAGUGGCACGUGCUUUCUUCUACAAUGGAAAAUUUUUCCUCGCAUCAGAGGGUGAUAAUUUUCUACAAAAGUACACAUUCUCCAAUGCAAUGGCAACCUCAAUUAAACUUGGUAUGUGGGAAGCUAUGCUCGAACGCUACAUUGAUUCAAUCGAAUAUCUAACAGAUGAUUUAAAACGAGGGCGACGCAUACGAAUGUCACGCGCCGAGGUGCUGCGCAAAACAGGAGAACUUUUUGCUUUGCGACACGAAAUCAAUUUGGCGUCGGAUUUGUUGGAUACGCCAGAUUUCUAUUGGGAUCGCGAAGAGUUGGAAAAAUUGUACCUACAAGUGUGUUCUUACUUUAGUAUUUCGCGGCGGACGAAAGUUAUGAAUGAAAAGAUAAAUCACUGCGUCGAGUUGGCUGAAUUAAUCUCGCACAAUUUGAAUGACGCACAUCAUAUUCGUUUGGAAUGGAUGAUUAUUAUACUGAUUAUGGUAGAAGUUGGGUUCGAAACAGUACACUAUAUGGACCGUUUUUAUAACAAAGAUGAAGAGGAUGCAGCCCUAUCACAUUGAAAUGCAUGAACAGGGGUUGAGAGGGGCUGAUCAAGAGAAUGCAUUUAGCCGAACAUGAAAGAGUGUUUAAUAUAUUUCGGUAGGCAAAUAAAGUUUUUCCAUAUUCAUAAAA